CUUCCUCAGCCGUCAGAUUGAUUCACUCUUCUUAUCCAACGUCUCUCCUUCUUCUACGUAGAUCACGACCUUUAAAAUAAAAUAAUAAAUCAGCCCACUAAUUAAUACCCGACCCAACGAACCAAUUAUUUCAUUACAGACCCCUUCACCCAAACCUCCGCCAUGGCCGCCGCCGUGACGUCCUCAAUGAUCGGAUCUCGGAUCCCGGGUCGAGUCCAGUCCCGUUUCGGAUUCGGACUUGGACGCAAGAAAUCUCCUCCGAAGAAGGCAACCCCGAAGCCCAUCUCAAAUAGGCCCUUGUGGUAUCCGGGAGCUAAGUCGCCGGAAUACCUCGACGGAACCCUCGUCGGAGACUACGGAUUCGACCCCCUCGGGCUGGGAAAGCCCGCAGAAUACUUGCAGUUCGAGCUCGACUCGCUGGAUCAGAGUUUGUCUAAGAACCUCGCCGGAGAAGUCAUCGGAACGAGGACAGAGUUCUCCGACGUGAGGCCGACGCCGUUCCAGCCGUACAGCGAGGUCUUCGGGCUCCAGAGGUUCAGGGAGUGCGAGCUGAUCCAUGGAAGGUGGGCGAUGCUGGCUACCCUCGGCGCCUUGGCUGUCGAGUGCCUCACCGGAGUUACCUGGCAGGACGCCGGAAAGGUGGAGCUAAUCGACGGAUCGUCGUACCUCGGGCAACCGCUUCCGUUCUCAAUGACGACAUUGAUAUGGACGGAGGUUCUUGCCGUCGGGUUCAUUGAGUUCCAGAGGAACGCCGAACUCGACCCGGAGAUGAGGCUGUACCCGGGCGGGAAGUUCUUUGACCCGUUGGGCCUGGCUGCUGACCCGGAGAAGAAGUCCAGCCUUCAGCUCGCGGAGAUCAAGCAUGCCAGGCUUGCAAUGGUUGCCUUCUUGGGCUUUGCUAUCCAAGCUGCUGCUACGGGAAAAGGCCCACUCAACAACUGGGCUACCCAUUUGAGUGACCCACUUCACACUACCAUCUUUGACACCCUUGGGUUCUCUUGAUCUCAUCUUUCAUCUUGUAAUCCUAUGUUUCUGUCAUGUUAUUAUAUGUAUUCCUUAACUUGUUUUUAUGAUUAAUUUAUUACUCUCUACCUCCCUAUUUGAUAUUUCUGUUUGGAUUACAAU